AUGAGGAUGCACAAUGUAUCCGAGUUCAUCCUUCUGGGCUUGACCCAAAAUAUGGAGCUUCAGAAAUUGUCAUUUGCUGUGUUUUUAAUUGUCUACCUGGUCACCUUGGUAGGCAACCUACUCAUCAUGAUCACCAUCAGCAGCAGCAAAGCCCUUGAAUCCCCCAUGUACUUCUUUCUGUCUUACUUAUCGCUUAUAGAUGGCUGCUGUUCUUCAUCCAUGACCCCUAAAAUGCUAGCUGACGCUCUUGCUGAGAGAAAAACCAUCUCCUUUCAAGGCUGCCUGGCUCAGGUCUUUGCUGAACAUCUCUUUGGUGCUGCUGAGAUCAUCCUUCUCACAGUGAUGGCCUAUGAUCGCUAUGUGGCCAUCUGUAAGCCCUUGCACUACAUGAAUAUCAUGAACCGACAGGUGUGCAGCCUCCUUGUGGCAGUGACCUGGGCUGGAGGUGUCUUCCAUGCAACCAUUCAGAUCCUUUUCACAGUCUGGCUACCCUUUUGUGGUCCCAACGUCAUAGACCAUUUCAUGUGUGACUUGAACCCUUUACUGAAACUCGUCUGCAUGGACACCCAUACCCUUGGUCUCUUUGUAGCUGCCAACAGUGGGUUCAUCUGUCUGUUGAACUUUCUCCUCUUGAUAGCCUCUUACGUGGUCAUCCUAUAUACUCUGAAAUCUCACAGCUUGGAGGGAAGACGCAAAGCCCUCUCCACCUGUGUCUCUCACAUCACCGUGGUCAUCUUAUUCUUUGUUCCCUGCAUAUUUGUAUACCUGCGCCCAGUGACCACCUUCUCCAUCGACAAAGCUGUGGCUGUGUUUUAUACCAUGAUAACUCCUAUGUUAAACCCUUUAAUCUAUACUCUCAGAAAUGCAGAGGUGAAAAAUGCUAUGAAGAAGAUCUGGGCCAAAAGGUGA